AUGACCACUCCUAGAGCGAUCUCACCAAUACACCGAUAAAAUACUCUUGGUGCCCAGCUCUAGCUGACUUCAAUUUAAUUUCUCAUAUAACUAGCUUGCGAAGCUCUGCCUGAUCGUUCACAUAUCUCGCACAAUGCGUGUUCUAAUCCUUGGAGCUACAGGACCCUCUGGCAUCCUCGUCAUCCAUGAGUACUUCAGAGUCUACCCGGCUGGAACUGCCGUACUCUACGUUCGGAAUCCCUCGAAGCUCUCUUCAGACAUAUCUUCCAAUCUCGCCAUCACUGUCAUCCAAGGCGAACUGACAGAUGCAGAUGCGCUCCGAAGAGCAUUCGUGUCUGGAGGUCAGAUUGACGCUGUGCUAUCUACGCUUGGUCCAGUCCCUCCUUACUCCAAAGAGAAGUUAAUUACCCGCGGAUACACCAUUCUUAUCCCAGUCAUGGCGUCACAUAAAUGCAAGCGGCUCAUUGCCCUCUCGACUUUCUCUCACAAAGAUCCCCGUGACAAAUUUGCUAUUCUUCCAUGGCUCAUGGUCAGCCUCGUGUGGCUUUUCAUGAGUGGUGCGUACGAAGACAUCAUCACAUUCUCCAAAUACAUCCAAGAGGAAUGUGACAAGAACGACAUCGAUUGGACUCUUGUCCGCGUUCCCGGUUUGACGAUGAAGGAAGGUCAGAAGGCAGUUGCGGGAUACGUCGGUGACGGAAACAUUGGCGUGAUCUUGAGUCGUCAUGCACUCGCGGAGUUCUUUGUAAAGGCUAUUGAGGAAAAGGAGUGGGUACGGAAGUCACCUGCGAUCUCAUCGUGAUAGUCAACAUGCGGUACGUCUAUCCAUCUGCUCCAUUGGGCGCCGUCUCAAUUGAAAUCUGUUCGCACUAGGUGUUACGGGUUUACUGCUUCACAAAUGGGGUUAUCUUUCCUUGCUGUAACGUGCCGAUGGUUGACACAGAAUGGUCUUCAAAUGCGAACAUGUCCAUUUCCUGUUUCUUUUGAUAUGUGCCACGGUUUAAUGACACCAUUUGCGGAACAACAAGUCGCUUUUUGAAACCACUCUA